CUACGAUCAGACUUUUAUUGUCUUCAUCAACGGCCUAAAUUGUUCCCAGAAUCAAUACCAGAAUAUUUAAUCCCGGUAAGACCAAUAAAACAUCGUAUCGUGCGGCAGAGCCAGAAAUCUGAACUAGAAAAAGAGGAGGAGAAGAAGAAGAGGAAAGAUGAUAGAGGUGGUGCUGAACGAUCGUCUGGGGAAGAAGGUGAGGGUGAAGUGCAACGACGACGACACCAUCGGAGACCUGAAGAAGCUGGUGGCGGCUCAGACCGGCACCAGAGCCGAUAAGAUCCGAAUUCAGAAGUGGUACAACAUCUACAAGGACCAUAUUACCCUCAAGGACUACGAGAUCCACGAUGGCAUGGGUCUCGAGCUCUACUACAACUGAUUCUCCCCCCCCCCCCCCCUCCCCCCCCCCGCAUUUAUAUGCUAUGGCAAAUGCAAUGGAUACGGGUUUUCUCAAUCUCAACCGUAGUGAAAAGGAAAGCUCCUGCCAUUGGAGACACUAUCAACUUUAUAGCUAGCAAUGCGUAGUCUUUACUCCAUAAUGUUAAAAUUGGACAUAUUUCUUGUUAAGGAAAGCUCCUGCCAUUGGAGACACUAUCAACUUUAUAGCUAGCAAUGCGUAGUCUUUACUCCAUAAUGUUAAAAUUGGAUGACUGACUUGUUCUACUCGUAAUAAUCUGUGAAUAAGCAACGCAACCUGGGAUUAGAAAACUUUUAAUA